AUGGCAGACAUGUAUCAUUCCCUGGUUGCAGAGAGACUGCCCGGGCAACCUUCAGUGCUUUGGAGGGCGCUCCAGGCAGGUGGCCAUCACAACCGCCGUGUGUCAGCUUUGCAGGCACAGCCAUUGCAGUCUACGAAGCAGCGCCAUCUUCACAUCCAAAGGCAGACCAACUUACAAGCUGGAGCGCAGUGUAGUAUGGCGUUGGCUGGGCUUUUGUUGGCUGCACAUCGGUGCCGUCAUCUCACAGGCAGACGGCGCAGCACCUCUCUGGGAGCCUCUCAGUCUGCAGAGCCUGCAUGCGCUUCAUGCACGCGGCUGGUAUUGGGAUUUGAUGGCGUCAUCUGUGCCGAUGCGGAGGAGGUGGCUGCAGCGGGGUGCCAGGCUGCCUUCGAUCUGUGGCCAGAUGUCAUGGAAAUCGCCGACGACAUCACACUAAACGAGGCUGGAGUACGCAAGAGCUGGGUGGAGUACGACUGGCAGCGGCUCUUAGAGCACAAGGCAUCUGCGGUGUUUACGGAUGCACCUCCCUGGUUGCUCUACAAAAUUCAAAAGCUCCGACCCGCAUGUCAAGCAGGGUGGGAGAUGGCGCUUUUUGCCCGUCUCUGCGUCGAGGAGGCGAUCGCCUGCAGAGCGAAUCGGGCCAAAGGGCGGGGUGGAGCACGGCCGCUGACCAUCGGAGAAAUCGAAUGCAACUGGUUGGAUGCGCGUCCUGGUGAAUUCGGCUUGCGGGAGCUCUUGUUGAUGAGGUGGGGGAAUCUUAGCAUUGCGCAGCUGCAGGAAGCAAUAGCAGAAGCAAGGCGUAAACACCGUUCAGAGGGUCUCCUCACGGAGACAAAGUUCUACAGCGACGUGUUGCGGGUCGUGUGGCUGGCAGUAGCUGAUGGCACGAUCGACGAGACCGUUCACAUCAUCACGAGUCGCGACCAGAUUUCUGCUACACACGCCUUGCAAAUGGCGAGCGCUGGCGCAGUGGACUCAGUAGACCUUCCAUUCGACCCGCCAGACUUCCAGGGGUCGUGGGCUGGCAAGGAAGGCUGGCAACUGCACUGUGGUCUUGGGACACUGGAACACAAGGUCCAAGCGAUAGAGUCUUUGUGCGACACGCUUGGGGCCACAUCUGGCGAGGGGCUUGUGAUUGUUGAUGACUCAGUGAUGUUUCUGAAAGCUUGCGCCUCGAAGCUGCAUCUUGCCGCUGCACGGCUUUACUUGGCUUCGUGGGGCUACGUGAGCCAUCGGCACUGGGCAGAUGGCCGCUCCGGGCUUCCAAGAGUGCGAGAGCUUUCGGGUGCCGAAGACCUUGCUGCGAUACUUGCGAGAUCUGAUGAGAGCUGA